UCAUGCAAAUUACCUAGCUGGGGUGUGGAGGGCAGUUUAACGCAUUUGCAGAUGCAGAUAAGCGCAUAAAUUUUCGGCAGCUUGGAGCAUGGCGUCAAAUGAAAGCGGCUUGAUUAAUUCCACUCCUUUCUUUUACCUCUCUGCUCACGCUAAGCGUGCGAAAAGCGGCCAAAGGCGGCCCUUUCGCGAGUGAUAUUAAAUGGCGGAGCCUGCAAUGGAAUCUGUGCGUGUGGUUAAAUCAGCCACGUGUGGGCGAAGUUUGGUCUUCACUUCAAAAUUUGCGAGGGGACAGUGUAUCCUUGAAGAAUUGCCAUAUGCAUAUACACUGCACGACAACAAAAGAGGACUCUUCUGCGAUUUCUGCCUCAAAAAAUGUUCAACUCUAAAGAAGUGUUCCAGUUGCAAUUAUGUAAGCUACUGCAAUAAAUCAUGUCAGAAAAAAGACUGGGCAAGAUGUCACAAACAAGACUGCAAAACACUGAAGAAAAUACAUCCCAGGGUACCUUCAGAUUUAGCUCAGCUUCUGUCUCAAAUCAUCCGAAAGCGAAGAAAGUCUGCUCCAUGCUCUCAGGAUGAUGAGGAUUGUUUUCCAACAACCGUAGACCAGUUGGAAUCCCAUCACGAGAAGCUGAGCAUUGAGAGCUCGGUGUCUGCCUUGCACAAGUUGAAGCAUUGCAUUGAAGAGGAGGAUGUCCCAACUGAUCCAAGAAGCUUGUUGAAGAUGUAUGGGGCGACUAACUGCAACAGCUUUGGAAUAUUUGAUAACGAUUUGAUUGCUAUUUCAGAUGGGAUAUACUUGAGAGCAUCCAUGGUGAACCAUUCCUGUGAUUAUAACUGUAUAGUGGUGUUUGAUGAGAGGAAACUUCAACUCAGGACCGUUAAAGAUGUCAAAGAAGGAGAAGAGUGUACAAUCGGCUAUGUAGAUGUCAUCCACCCAGCUAAAGAGAGACGGGCUGAGCUGGAAGAGAAAUAUCAUUUCACCUGCAAGUGUGUGAAAUGCAAUGAAGAAAUCAAUGCAUUGGAGCCAGAUGAUGGUUUAAGUGAAGAGCUCCGACGUCUGGAGAAAUCCUUGGAGCAAAUACAGGAUGCCGAGAAUUCACAAGAUUGGGCCAAAGUGCUACAGCUGUGUGAACCCUACCUGAAGCCGAUGGACUCCUCUAGCAGUCUUCCAGCAAAUCAUCAGCUCCUGGUGAUGCUCAGAGAUACGGCAUUUUUUGCAUGCAUACAAUCACAAGCAUGGAAGAAAGCUGCUGAGAUGGGACAACUGAACAUCGAGUCUUACAAAUAUCACUAUGGGCCAUACGAUCCCAAUGUAGGGAUGUACCUCCUGAAGAUAGGUGAAGUACUGCUUAACCUGGAUAGACUUCAAGAGGCUAGAAAAUAUGUCAAAGAGGCAGAGAGUGUUUUUAAAGUAACGCAUGGCCCACAGCAUUCACUGAUGGCGUCAGUGAAGAAACUGCUCUUUAAGUGUAGGUAAGCCCUUCUGCCUAUCACUGCAGAUAAAAUCAUCGCUGAUCUCAACAUGAAUUCAAGAAAUUAUAUGCAGCAGUAGAUGACACUGGAAAUACUAAAGAUGGGAGGACAGAGGGACAGAUGGACAGACAGUGAGAGUAAGAUCGAAAGGAAACAACAAGAGACAUAACAACUUUGAGAAGCUGGCAUACAAUCAAUUUGAAAUGUAGUCUUUGUAGUUUGUACAUCUAGAAAUUUGAACACCAGGGCCCCGUUUCAUGAAACUUGUUUUCAAUAACAUGUUACGAUUAUUAUUAUAAGCUACUGAAAGUCUUGCAUUUGAUUGGCUGUGAGCAAAUUUGUCAUAUAUAGUUAAGUGGCCGUUAUUGAUUCAAGAUUCAUUAUUUCUUUCCACUUGCAUAUACAAACAAUACAUUCAUGAAAAGCAACAACAAGUCCAUCUUCAACUAGAAUAACUUCAUUAACAAUAACAAGUAGGUUAUAAAGACAAUGAAAAUGUGAUAACAAGUUUGAUGAAGCAGGGACCAGUUCUAUUCAAGAAGCUGUUAUAUGGAACUCAUUAUUAGUACUACACAGAAUUCAACGUCUUUUCUUUAUUUAAACACCUUUAUAAACAAUGGUAUUUUCAUUAAUGUACUAAAUAACCAGUGACGCCAUGGAUGUAUAAAUACAUGACUGUGCAUGUUGUAUAUAUUUUUUACCCAUUUGAAUAAAAAAUUAUUUUUUUAUGUCCUAAGCAUAAUACGACACCGGAAUGUGAAAUUACGUUGUUGUAUCGGG